ACGAGUGGUGCGUCAUCAGUGCGCGCCGUGUCUUUUGCUUAGUGAAGUGAUGCUAAUACAUUUGAACCUUUCUCUAUUUUCAUCACUCAACAAUGUGUUUAGACUAAAUUGACAAAGAUGUCUCUGGCCGCAUUUCGCUGUAUUGGGAGGAUUUUCUCACGACAGACAAGUUUUGUGUCAGCAGAAAAUGCUGGUGUUCAGAGCCCUUGGUUUUCUGCAGCGAUGACAAUAAGGACUUCUGCCCCUCUCAGUGCGGAACCCAGAAAGAAGAAGAAGAAAGUGGACCCCAGAAGAGAGCUGAUGGUGAGGGAGCGGUUGAAGAAAAAAUUGAAGAAGUUGGAGAGGGUUCCAGCUGAGCUCAUUCCCAUUGAGGACUUUAUCACACCAACCAAAUGUUUGGAUGAGAGCAGGGUACGCUCUGCUCCAACGCUGUCCUUUGACGAAAGUGAAGCUCGAGCUCUGCUGCUAAAGGAGUGGAGCAAGUACAAAUAUGAGCAGCACGUGGCUGAAGUACAGGCGAUGGAGCUGGCCCUGCAAGCACAGACGGAGGCGUUGGAAGAACUCAAGGCUGAAUCUGAGGAGCUUUACCAGGCUGCACUAACACCAGACCUCCAGAUGUUCCCUUUCACUCACGAAGGCCCUGCUUACACGCCGCCAAAGACCACAUAUGAAGCGCCUGAAGGGAAGUACACCGACAUCACUAAAGUCUACACACAGUGAUGAGAAGCCUCCCGUUUGUUUUUGUUUUUUUCAUGAACCUUGAAAUUAAGUGAGAACAUGUAAAAUGUGUAAUAAAUGUUCAUGUUUAAUCAGAAA